CAGUGCUAGAAAACAGUCCUGUGUCAGAACCUAGUAAUGUCUAAAUAUUGUGUGAAUAACUGGGCAAUGUUGUGUUUUAUAGUAUUUCUUGUCGUGAAUAAGGUGGUGCAUAUAUCUGGACUCGAUUGUCAUUGUGGUAGGCCAGCUGACACGAUAGUGUCGAUGAGGAUAGUCGGAGGGCGAAGGGCGGAACCCCACUCUUAUCCAUGGACUGUGGCCAUUUUGAAGAAUAACCGCAUGCACUGUGGAGGGGCCAUGAUCACAGACAAACAUGUGCUUAGUGCAGGACACUGUUUUAAGUGGGACAAUAUAAAUGAGAUGUUGGUCUUAAUUGGACUGGAUAACUUAGAUGACAUGAAGAAUGUGGAGAAAAGAAAUAUAUCAGGUGUUAAAAUACACGAACGGUUCACGUCUACGGCUGUGCGAGAUGAAAAUGAUAUAGCCAUUGCUACUCUCAACGCACCUGUUGAAUUUAGUGAUACUAUAGUGCCAAUAUGUUUACCUAAGUCAGGACAAGAUUUUUCAAAUAGAGUGGGGACGAUAGUUGGCUGGGGUCGAGUUGGAGUUGAGAAAACGUCAUCAAAAGUUCUAUUAAAAGCAAGUCUGAGAAUUUUAACCGAUGAAGAAUGUAUGAAGUCGAAGUUAUCACAGCACCUUAAGCCUACUAUGAUGUGCGCUUUCUCUAAGGGAAAGGAUGGAUGUCAGGGUGACAGCGGUGGUCCAUUGUUGGUUUUCGAACCAGACGGACAUUAUGUACAAGCGGGAGUCGUGUCUUGGGGAAUAGGUUGUGCGGAUUCUCGGUAUCCUGGUGUGUACACAAAAAUCAGCAACUAUAUUGAUUGGAUUGGUCGACAUUCUUCAGAUGGCAAAACAUGUAAAAACUAGAAAAUAAAAUAUUUAUGUUAUCCACAA